CGAGCCUUCGUUUCGGCAGCGAUAUUCUUCGUCACAAUAUGUUUUUAUAAAAUUUUGUCCAUCCAUCGCGCUUAUUUGGUUUUUCGUUACUAAAAGUCUGCUCAGAUCUGAUUACUUAUUAGCAGUUCUCGCGGGUUCGUCACUUCACGCACACAGAGUAGCUCCGUCCCAAUGCCGUCGCGCGGACCUAGCCGUUUUCUUUCUCUAUAUUUCAUCCUUUUCAAACCAAACUCGAACCCUUACAUCAAAACCGCUGGUCGCCGGUUCUCCUCCGACCAACAGCGGCUAUUUGUUCCCGGUAACCCCCAUAUUAAGUGGCCUCCACUUCCCCAUCCACCCUGCUCUCCAACAACACAAAACCCUAUCCCUAGCGCCGACCCCGACCCCAACUCUUCACUCAGCGACUUCUCCACCAUUUCUGACCUUCUUACAGACCCUAGCAUCUCUCCCGGUAUACCGCUCGAGGCUGCAUUAGACCGUACAGGGAUUGAACCGAACCCGCGUCUUGUACAGGCCAUACUCGAUCGUUUUGAUCAUUCCCCCAGAUUACUGCACACACUCUUUGUUUGGGCGAAGAAGCAGCCUGGGUUUAGAUCCUCUGAGACGCUUUUCAACUCAGUGAUCAACGUGCUAGGGAAAUCUAAGAAGUUCGAUUCCGCGUGGUCGCUGGUCCUUGAUCGGAUUGGUGGAGAUGAGAAACCGCCCGCUUUCGUUUCUGGGGACACUUUUGCGAUUAUGAUCAGACGCUACGCUCGCGCAGGUUUGACUCAACCUGCAAUCCGGACAUUUGAAUUUGCUCGUAAUUUAGACCCAAUUCGUGACUCGGAUUCAGAGAUGAGUUUGUUUGAGGUUUUGUUGGAUUCCCUCUGCAAGGAAGGCCACGUGAAGGUAGCUUCAGAAUAUUUAGAUCAGAAAAGGAAGUUGGAUCCAAAUUGGGCUCCGUCGGUACGCGUCUAUAAUAUACUGUUGAAUGGAUGGUUUCGCUCGAGGAAGCUCAAACAGGCAGAGCGGCUUUGGGAGGAGAUGAAAAUGGAUGAUGUGAAACCAAAUGUUGUGACAUAUGGUACUCUUGUGGAAGGGUACUGUCGGAUGCGUCGUGCUAAAAUGGCAAUUGAGUUGGUGCAUGAGAUGAGACGGGAGGGAAUUGAGCCAAAUGCUAUCGUUUAUAAUCCCAUAAUUGAUGCACUAGGGGAAGCCGGGCAGUUUGAGGAUGCAAUGCGGAUGUUGGAGCGGUUUUUGGUUUUAGAAUCAGGGCCAACUAUCUCGACAUACAAUUCUCUGGUGAAGGGUUUUUGUAAGGCAGGAGAUCUUGUAGGGGCUAGUGAGAUCCUUAAGAUGAUGAUAUGUAGAGGCUUCAUCCCGACUGCUACAACCUAUAACUAUUUCUUUAGGUAUUUCUCUAAACAUGGGCUGAUUCAGGAGGGUAUGAACCUUUAUACCAAAAUGACCGAAUCUGGUUAUGCACCUGAUCGGCUUACUUUCCAUCUUUUGAUGAAAAUGUUGUGCGAGGAGGAGAGAUUAGACUUGGCAGUUCAAGUUAGCAAGGAAAUGAGAGCUAGGGGAUGUGAUAUGGACUUAGCAACAAGCACAAUGUUGGUUCAUUUGCUUUGCAAAAUGCAUAGAUUGGAGGAGGCCUUUGCAGAGUUUGAGGAUAUGAUUCGAAGAGGUGUUAUUCCUCAGUAUCUUACUUUCCAGAGAAUAAAAAAUGAACUAAAGAGACAAGGAAUGAAUGAAAUGGCACAGAGACUAUGGGACAUGAUGUCUUCUGUCCCUCAUUCAAUGAACUUGCCGAAUACAUAUCGCAGGGAUGGAGAUGCAUCACGUGCAAGGAGAACAUCUGUAAUCCAGAAAGCUGAAGCAAUGUCUGAGUUGCUAAAGACUUCUAAAGAUCCCAGGGAGCUUGUUAAGUGGCGUGGUUCAUCCAAGAAUGUUGAAUUGAAUGCAAACAAGUUGAUAGAAGAUAUCAAGAAAGAGCUGACAAGACAUGAAUCUCCAGGUACUUAAAAUCAAGAGCCAGCAAAAGAAGUAAAUGGCUCUUUAAUUGCACAUGCAAUAGGAUGAGCUUAGAUAUUGAAUUGGGAAGACAAAAAGCUUAGAUUUCAGCCUGUGCAGCAAUCUGAUAGAUGGCUGAAAUCAAGCCGCUCAAAUCAAUACUGAACCCAUCAGCACGUGCAGGCUGAUUUGUGGGGGAUAAAGUUGAAGAAAAAGCAGGAUCUGAGUUGGAUGCCAUGAAAGGUGAAAACGGGAAGGUGAGUUGUAUUGUGGAUUAUUAAAUCAAGUUUUUGUAGGAAUAUAAUAUGCAAGAUAUUUUUGGCUUUGAAAUGGAGUUGGAGUGUUUUUUAUGUUGCAAUCACUUCCACCAUUUCUUCUUUCACCAAAGAUGGCUUGGGCAUCGGUUCCUCUGUUUUCUUGGUUGUUAAGAGUUCUGACCAGUCUCUGCUGAAAAGCUAUCUGAUUCGUGUUCUUGUGGAAGCCAGCCUUACAAAUAUUGGGUCUCAAACGUGCCAAGGCAAGGAUGUGAUUCAAGAAGCGAUGAUGAAACUGUAAUUUCCCUUGUAAAUCAAGCAGACAUUAGUUUUGAUGGGACUCCAGGCCUAUCAACAGUUGCUAAGAAGGGAUUGAGGGUGCUACCUUCGGAUUAAAUUGCUUCACUGACAUGUUUCUUGCUAGCCUUGGUCAUACUAAUGAUAUAUACAUAGCGAGGCAAAUUAUUAAGAGGAACGAUUCUUUUGUGGAA